AUGGCCGCCGCUCCAGGGGGCACUGACAGGUGGGCCCUCUUCCUUCGCGAACGGCGGAUGAAGGACAAGCUCCGGAGGGUCAGGAAUGAUUUCAAGGGCUGCUACUGCCCGCCCGGGUGCCGGGGUGGUCCGCAGGACCCCGUCGGCGUCAACCCUGCGUCGCUGCCCGCCCGGCCCCUGCAUGGCCCUUACGUGCGUGCAGAUAGUGACAUGCCCACGACGCGCGGCAGAACAGAUGAGCGAAGAGAUUCCAACUGCGUAGUCAUCGCCGAGGCACGAGGCACGUCGGACAUCGUGCUCCACCGGUCAGGGGAAAGGGCUACCCUGCGCAUGUCGCUGCAGGUCCACACGGAUGUGACUUACGCGGGCCGGAUGGGGUACUACGGGGAGAUGUUCCUGACGCGGCAUGGGCAGCAGGAGGAGUUCAUCGGCAUCAUUAACUCCUGGCACGUGGAACGGACGACAGAUGAUUGGGAGUACAUGCUCCUGGACGACGAUUCCACAUCGCGUGGUGACAUGGCUGAGAUGAAGAGCUUUUUCCUCCAAGUCUUCAGCCCAUCCCCCGACCGACCGCGGGACCGGAAUGAACAUCUGCUCCCGUGGGAGCCAGUCCGAGAACACUUUGCCGCACCUUGGGCGAUGCUCGGUGGCAACGCUGACCUUCUCUACAUACCUUUGAUUUGGAUAACUAAGGAAUUGACGGGUCAGCGCAUCAUCGACCAGGGUUUUGAGUUGUUUUUCAGAUUGAUGACUGGCGGCACACUACCGGAGCCAUACAACCUCGACCGCCCACUGUCCGUUCUCCUUGUGCCCGGGGCGCUCAGGCCGCCGUACGACAUGACUUGGAACGAUCCGAGCGGCAGGGGUCGAAUGAACUACACAACACAGAUCCUGGCCAUAGCAAGAGCAUACGAGAGGAACGGGUUCAUGCGGCUCGAAGCGCCCGGGUCGCCCCGCAAUCGGGGCAUGGAUGAGGAGAUGGGCCGCAGGGUCGAGCCCGGCGACCAUCCUGCCGCCCACGGCGACGUGCUUAUCCAGCCGCCCGACCCGCCCGACUCGGACCUCUUCACGCCGUCGCCUAUGCGGCGACAACGUCUCCAAGACGAAAGGGUGCGGGCUCUCAUGAAUCUUAUAUCACCGUCUGAUGGGAGGGAGGGGACACGUCCUCGGAACGGAGAGGGAGGAGGAGGUGGUGGUGGUGGUGCAGGAUAA